AUGCCGGACCUGAGCAGAGCGGCGCUCCAAAGUGUGGGCAUUUUUCUGCUGUCUGCCCACGCAGCUUCUGUCGCUCGGGACAGCGAGACUGCAAGCACGACAACGACUACGACAACAGUCCCUCCGAACCGUCCUCCGGCUUGGCUGGGUGCUGCCUGGGUGGCCUCCUCUUUCAGCGACUGCACUCAGUGCGGCUUCGGCUCGGUGCAGAUUCGCGAUGUCCAAUGCUUGGCCAUUUUUGAGGAAGCAUUGCUGCCGCCGGAGGUCUGCGAAAAUUUGCCAGCUCCUCCAACGACGAAGCCCUGCGACUGCGCUGUGCUGCCGUGCAACCCUGCACUGGCGAGCAAGUGUCCAAACCAGGCGACCUGUGCUGCUCCCGACGACUUGGAUCGUUACUUCGUGGAACUAGGCUGCUUCAAGCGCGUCGACGGACACGACGGGCCGGGAAGAGAAGGAAAAACAGCGAUAGACUGGAGUUGCAUGGACUACGACGGCAAGCUGCCUUGCAAGAGUGGGGUGCCGUUCUAUUCCAUGCGCUCCAAUGCGAUGUCACCGUCCUUGUGCUACGAUUUCUGCACCAGUAAGGGCAUGGACAUCUUCGCUCUGGUCGAAGAGAGCGAAUGCCGCUGCGGGGUCACCGCUGCAAACCGUAACCUCCGGCACCGCAAAGACGAGAAUCCGCUGCUGCAAUUCCAGGUAGCUGUUCUGGAGCACUUCGAACCCGGGAGAGGCACCUGCCCGCUCCGUGCCUACCGUUACAUUGGACACCUUGAGGCUGGAGGUCUGCCACCGUCGAUGGUGACGGCUUUGGCAGGCGAUGUUGAGUAUGUGGACAGCGUCUUUGCCGGGCAUCAGCAGACUGCAGCUGAGGAGGAUAUGGGGGCUCCACCGCUGCAGCACCUGGAGAAAUCCUCAGACCAGGGGCAGUUGCGAGAUCUGCAGGACGAAGGGGACGGCUCCGACCCGCCCUGGGCACGCGCCUGCUUUCCUCACAAUUGUGCCGUUGGUAGGGGACCUUGGGAGGACCGCAUAGACGAAGUGCCUGCUGGUGUCAAUGACAUCUGGGCAGACUAUGUCAUCGUGCCGUAUGUGUUUGAUCACGAUGUCGACAAUGCCCGAAAGGAAGCUUUCCGAGCAGCUGUUGUCCGCUGGCAUGAGGGAACGUGCGUGGUGCUGAAGGAGGUUUUGCAAAUCCACGUCAGCAAGCCGUACAUCCAGGUUGGCGUCUACGACGAAAACGCAUGCUGGUGCCAGGGCCAGGGCUAUCCCGGAUAUCGGAAUGGGCAGCCUCGAGCCAUCCGGAUCAAUCUAGGUUGGUGCAACAGCCUUUUCUAUGUGGGCAACAUGGUCCACGAAAUCGGCCAUGCCCUGGGCAUGAACCACGAGCAGAAGCGCCCGGACGCCUAUCAGAAGUUCCAUGGCCACGGGCCUCACAUCGUGGUGCAUUGGCACAACAUUGCGUACACACACAACCAGCACACCUACACUGGUUCAAACUACCAGGGCGUCGGCGACAGCUUCCACGGCUACGCUCCUUACGACUAUGAAAGCAUCAUGCACUACCCGCUGACGGACGCUUACGACCCCAUUGAGCCUGCAGUAGCGGGCCUCCUGGGCAACCGUGAAUACCUGUCAGAAGGUGACCUUGCACAGGUCAACGACAUGUACCAGUGCAAGGAGAAGCUGGUCCGCGCAGUCACACUCAGAUGCGCUUUUGAAGCGGAUCUGUGCGAUUGGCGGGAUGUAGGACUGUCGGUACCAGAGGUUCUUCCCGGAAAACUGUGUAAUCUAGGAGGGCCCGGACGCGGUGCUGGGCAGACCUUAGGCUAUGCAUGGGCAGAGGCCCGACGUGACGUGCACACUCGAAAGGCUUUCGUGCUGCAGAGCCCCUACCUGGAUGUUACGAAGCAAUACAAGCUUCGGUUCAACUUCUUCUCGUCUGUGGGGAUGCUGGAGGUGGACUACCAGGAUGCUCUGGGCAUGACCAAGAAGCUUUGGAGCAAUAGCACGGCGUCGUCAGAGUGGACGCUCAAGGAGCUGCAUUUUGCGGGAGCCCUCGCAGUGCGAUUUGCGGCAAUCGUAAACCAGAGCGAGGCAUCUACGCAGGACAAGCAUGAGACGCGUCUUGGAGUUGGACUUGACGAGGUGAACAUCAUGGAUGCGCACGGCGGCCAUGAUUCGACCGAAACCUCUGUCAACGGUGCAUCAUCAAAGAAGGGCGCCUUUUCUCAACUCAUCUCCUGGUUCCGGAACAUUCUUGACACACUUUUCACCAAGAAGUACGACGAUGCGAGCAGCCGGGCUUUAAGGUCGCACCUGCAUUCCCAGCAGAUGCUCACGUCCAGCCUCCUGCCAGCGUGCCUGGCUGCUUUGGCCAUGAUGGCCGUUGGAAUCUUCAUUGCACGGGUCAGGGCGCGAAGUGCGCCCUCGGCCUCAGGAUUCAUCCUCGUCGUGGGAGAGUGA